CUGAAUAAAUGAAGAACACAGUUACGAAGGAUUAUGGCAGUGUCGACACAUCUGCACUUUACAAUCCUUGUUCAGCACUUAACAACAAUGUAAAUAUAAAUAUGGUGGUGUUUAUUAAACCCGACCCGAAACUUGUUCUUGUUAUGGCACAAAAACACAAAUCCUUCACAAUUAACUCGAUUUUGGCCGGAAGUGAAGUGAAGGACGAGGACAGUGAGAGUGAUAGCGAUUUGGAUGUGACUGGGGAUGACACCCCACCGCUGGACUGCUCCCAGAAGGCGGCAGAGAGCAAAGAAACCGAAGGGAAUGGAGAAAAAAGCAGCAAACCCACCGAAAAGCCCCCGUACAGUUACAACGCCCUUAUCAUGAUGGCGAUUCGGAACAGUCCCGAAAAACGCCUCACUUUGAACGGAAUCUACGAAUACAUAAUCCGGAAUUUUCCCUACUACAAGGAGAACAAGCAAGGAUGGCAGAACUCGAUUAGACACAACCUCAGUCUGAACAAAUGCUUUGUGAAGGUCCCCCGUCAUUACGACGAUCCCGGGAAAGGGAAUUACUGGAUGCUGGACCCUUCAGCCGAGGAUGUGUUUAUAGGGACCAGCACUGGGAAGCUUCGCCGGCGGUCAAGCGCAGCCUCCAGGACACGACUAGCUGCGUUCAAACGCACGAUAGCCCUGGGGGGCUUUUACCCGCCUUUUACCCCCUUCGGGCACUUGUACCCGAUGCUCUACCAACGGUACCCAUACCCAGGACCCAGUUUUCUGCGACCUGGGAUGUUCGAAAUGUACGGAAACUUGCGCCUAGCCCCCCAGUGCCCCCUCCAGAUCCCGCUCCCAGUGGUCCCGAGGGAGGAAGAAGGACUCCUCAAACCUGUCACUGUGAUAACUAAAAAUAAUUGAUUGUACAAACUGUAAAUAAAGUUGUAAAUGUCGAAA